GGUCGGCUCGAGAAGCGGCGUCAAAGUCUCCGUACAACAAACAGCACAUGAUUUGUGUUUGUAAAGUUUAAAAAUGACGGUGUGCAACUUCUUUCUUCAAGGUCGCUGUAGAUACGGAGACAAGUGCUGGAAUGAGCAUCCGAGAGGCGGAAGAGGAGGAGGAGGAGGAGGAGAUUACAGAGGAAACCAGCAGCCCAGCAGAGGAGGUCGUGGGUGUUUCUCAGGUUUCGGGAACCGCGUGUGGAUAAACCCGUCUCAGCGCACCGGCGGCGAUUACGUCCAGCCGUCCUCGUUCUCUCGUGAUGGUAAUAACGACUGGAGCCGAGGAGGAGGAGGAGGAGGAGGAGGAGGAGGAGGAGGAGUCGCAUCACGAGACGUCAAGAGCUCUGACUUCAGCUUCAGCAGCCAGAACAGAUUCACAGCGCUCGCCUCACACACUCAAUCUGAUAAAGACGUACAGAGCUCCACGGAUGAUGUGGAUACAGUCCAGAAAGACAUGGAGGUGUGGCAGACUUCGGGGCAGUGGCCGUUCUCCUGUUAUUCUGUCCUCCCCGGCAGGCUUUCAGGGUUUGUCGAGGUGUCUCCUGAGGAGCUGAGGCUGGAAUAUUACAGCAGUUGAGGGUGUGGUGAUUUGCGUGUUUUUAUGAACUCUGUUCAGCAGCUGGCAGACCAGUGGAGGAGCCGGGUCCAGGAGCUGCGCACCAUGAGCAGCUCCACUCGGAUCAGUGUGAUCUCAGAGCUCAAAAACCCCGGUUCACAAACAUCAGCGCAUGAGUUCGGCUCCACUGCAUCAGGGUUUGGAACCACAUCUUCAACAUCAUCAUCAUCAUCAACUGGCUUUGGACCAGGAGGGUUUGGUCAAGGCUCUCAGAGCAGUAGCGGGUUCAGCUUCGCCCCGUCCAAACCCGGCUUUGGAGCGUCAAAUACCCAGCAGGCCUCUGGUUUUGGCAGUGCGUUCGCUCAGCCCUCGUCAGGUUUCAGCGCUGCUCCUGCUGCUCCCGCUGCGUCUGCGGCCUCCUUCUCCUUCGCAGCACCUGCGGUAGAAAACAAAGCCAGCUCUGUGUCCACGUUCAGCUUCAAGCCGUGUCCAGGAGGGUCCUCGGCUGCGGCUGACGUUCAGAGCAGCGCUAGCGGUGCGUUCGGUGGAGCUGCGGACACUGGUCUGUUCUCGGCACACAGUGACCUCACAGCAGAAGAACUGAAGGAGUUCACAGCUAAACGCUUCACGCUGGGACAGAUCCCUCUCAAAGCGCCUCCUGCAGACCUCCUCGUGGUCUAAUGCGCACUCUGGGGGGUCGUCUUUUUAAUGCAACAUUAUUAAAUCUGUUUAUAGACCAAGAGAGUGUGUGUCUGUGUUUUAGGAGACUUGAAAAAUGCUGCAUAGUGGUGUGGUACACUAUUACGGAUAAAAUACUAAUAGUAAAAUAAUUAUUGCAAAUGAAUAAGAACAAAUAAAAUUAUCUAUCCAUGUUAAA